AUGGUCAUCUUCACCUGCAUCCCCCGCCUGCGGCUCCGAGGGAUGUUCGCCUUGGGCCCCCGCCCCCCCUCCGGCCUGGAUCCCCAUCCCCCGGUCGGCCUGGGUCCCCCCGGGCAGCCCCCCCACGGAGGGUCUCCCUUCUCUCCUGUCGCCCACCCGGAGCCCUACGGCCGCUCGCCACCCUACGCCUAUCCUGGCCCUCCGGCAGCCCCCCAAGGACCCCCUUACCUGGGGUACGGAAAUACAGGUCCUCCGCCGGGGGAGCGUCUGCCCCAGGCUGCAGAGCAGGAGAAGCCACCGGUGUCGGAGUUUGGGGAAGGCCGCCGUCAUGGCAGAGCUGGGAAAAGAGCCCGGAAGCCGCGGACCAUCUACUCCAGCCUGCAGCUGCAGGCCUUGAACCAGCGCUUCCAGCAGACCCGGUACCUGGCACUGCCCGAACGGGCGGAGCUGGCCGCACAGCUCGGCCUGACCCAGACCCAGGUCAAGAUCUGGUUCCAGAACAAGCGCUCCAAGUUCAAGAAGAUCAUGAAACAAGGAUCGAGCAUUGCAGAAGGGGAGUCCCUGCCCAGUGCCCCCUCACUGUCACCCUGCUCCCCCAGUCUGCCCCUGCUCUGGGACCCUCCCUCAGUGGGCAAAGGCCGGGGACUGGAUCCUGGAGGUUACAUCAGCAGCUUUGGGACUUGGUACCAGCCUCAGCCGCCAGAUGCCCUGACUCGGUACCAGAUGAUGUGACCCGUCCAGCCCACCCCGGGACCCAGGCAGAGGGAAGGGGUUAGGAAGGAGGAGCCCAGUGAACGAGGCCAGGCAGCUAGCAGGACACGUGCCUUUUCAGGAGGGAGACCCUCAAGCCUGGGGAGGGGCCGGACCCAGAUACGUUCAGUAUUUUGUUUUUCCUAAGUCUUCUCUGGUGACCUCAGCCUGUGUAGUGAGUUUGUUCUGUUCUCCACGUCACUUUGGCUGAGUAGAUUGAACCCAAUUGAAGCCUAGAGGGGGGAAAACAUGGGAUGUGCCAACCCCUCCCCAACCCCCUCCCCCCAACCACAUACUAUAGAAGCAGGUGGUCUAGUGGCUGGAGCUUGGGCCUGGGAAUCAGAGGGACUUGAGUUCCAAUCCCGGCUCCAACACUUGUCUGCCAUGUGAC